AUGGAUUCUCCGGCCCGCGCGGCCUUGGGCGCUGACGAUGGCGGCCGCAGGAAGCCCCGCCUGGCGGCGUCGUUGCAGAUCAGCCCAGGGCCCAGGCCCUGGCGACGGGCGGCCAGUCAGAGCCAAGAUGCCUGGGAGCCAGCUCCCGCCCCCCGCGCGGAGGAGGAGAAAGAGCGGGGCGAGCAGCCCCAGGCCUUGGCGCUGGGGGACGGUGGGCCCGGGGCGGGGGCCGGAGUGGGGGAAGUGGGGGCAGCCCCGGCACGGGAAGAUUUGGGGGAACUGAUGGGGAGGUCCCCGAGGGUCUUCGUGCCCCCCGCGGGGCCCGCCGGGGACUCCCCGACGGCAGCCAGCCCGUUGAGCCUGCAGCUGAAGGACCCGGCCCCGGGCCAGGCGGUGGCCCUGCUUGCGCAGGACGCGGCCCUCCGAGGCGUGCCCCUGGCCUUCCGCGAGGACAAGCCGGCAGGUCCCUCUUCCCCCUUCUCUGUGUGCGUGGAAUUGGAUGGGGUGGUCUGCCCUGCAGGUACCUCAGAUAGCAAGGCAGUUGCCAAACAGCAGGCAGCUCUGUCUGCGCUCUGCUACAUCCGGAGCCAUCUGGAGAGCACAGAACCCCCCCAGACCCCCGGCAAGACUCCACUUGCUUCCCUGAGUGUAGAGAACAUCGUGACCCACGAGCAGCGCUGCGCGGCUGUGGUGAGCGCCGGCUUUGACCGCCUGCUGGACGAGAGCUCGCCCUACCGGGCCUGCAAGGGGACUGUGGCUGCCGUCAUCCUGGAGAGGGAGAUCCUGGGUGCCAAGGGCUACGCCAAGGAGACCUACGAGCUGGUGGCGCUGGGCACAGGCAGCAGUAGCUGUGCCGGCUGGCUGGAGUUCUCAGGCCGGCAGCUCCAUGACUGCCAUGGGCUGGUCGUCGCCCGCCGGGCCCUGCUGAGGUUCUUGUUCCGGCAGCUCCUGUUGGCCACGCAGGGGGGCCCCAAGGGCAAGGAGCGGUCUGUGCUGGCCCCCCAGACUGGGCCCGGGCCCCCCUUCGCCCUCAAGCCCCGGAUCUUCCUGCACCUCUAUGUCAGCAACACCCCCAAGGGAGCAGCUCACGACAUCUACCUGCCCCAGGCCUCGGAGGGGAGCCUCUCGCAUGACCCGGCCUUCCGCCUGCAGGCCCACAUCGGCGGGCAGCUGAAGCCUGUGUGCUACGUGGCGCCUGCGCUCCACGGCACCCACAUUGGUUGCCUCUCGGCCAGCGACAAGCUGGCACGCUGGGCCAUGCUGGGGCUGGGUGGCGCCCUGCUGGCCCACUUCUUGCCCCCACUCUACGGCACCAGCCUUGUCCUGGCUGACCCCUGCCAUGACCCCUCGACUCUGAGCAGGGUCAUCCACAACCGGCCCGACCUGGACAGGGUCUUGGAGCCAUGCCUGCCCCCUCCCUACGUCCGCACCGCUCUGCACCUGUUUGCAGGGCCCCCGGUGGCCCCCUCUGAGCCCACCCCCGACACCUGCCGCGGCCUGAGCCUCAACUGGAGCCUGGGGGACCCUCAUGUUGAGGUCGUGGACGUGGCCACCGGGCGUGUGAAGUCCAACGCCGCCCUCGGGCCGCCCUCCCGCCUCUGCAAGGCCGCCUUUCUCCGGGCCUUUCGCCAGGCUGCCCAAGCCGCGGGGAGGCCCCACCUCUUGGCCUUGCAGACCUACGAGGCCGCCAAGGCUGGGCCGUACCAGGAGGCUCGCCGGCAGCUGUCCCUCCUCCUCAAACAGCAGGGCCUGGGGGCUUGGCCCUCAAAGCCACUGCUGGGCAAAUUCAGAAACUGA